GGGCGGAGGCGCGGCUCGGGUCGAUUCCCUCCGCAGGCAGGCGAAGCGGCGGAGGAAAAAGCGGCUUUAUCCCUCCCUCCCGUGUCGCCAUGGAGACGGGCGGGCGGCGGCGCGGCUGUCAGUGAGCGAUCGCGCCGCGCGCCGCGAUGGACUCGCGCUGCGGCUGUGCCGAGCCCCCCGCCACCGAGCAGCCCGCGGGCAGGAUCAACAAAACCGCCUUCAAGCUGUUCAAGAGGAGGAAAGGCGGCGGCGCCAUGCCGAGCAUCUUCGGGGUGAGGAGCAGGGGCGGCGGGGAGGAGGCGAAGGGCGGCGGCGCGGCGGGGAUGGUGCGGAGCCGCACGCACGACGGCUUGGCCGAAGCGGCAAUGGAGGCCGGCGGCAAGGACGAACCCGCGCCGGCUCGGGGCGCCCCGGGCGGCCCCGGUCCCGUGGCCAAGUCGCACAGCUUCUUCUCGCUGCUGAGGAAGAACGGGAAGGCGGAGGGCGCGGAGCGGCGCCCCGGCGGCAGACAAAAGAAAGGGCUGAGGAGCAUCUUCGGCAGCGUGCGGUGGCACAGGAAGGACAAAACCGGCAAGGAGGAGCGCGGGGAAGUCUCGGAGAGCCCGCCCGGGCUCAUCAUGCCCGGGUCGCUGACCGCCAGCCUGGAGUGCAUCAAGGAGGAGCCGCCGAAGCCCUGCGGCGAGGAGCGGCCCGAGGCGGGUCCCGGGCGGGACCCCGAGGCGCCGCUAACAGGUGACGUUCCGGUAGCCACUAACCCCCCUGUCGAACCGCAACGCGACCGCGCUCAAGAGCCGGCGGCCGCCCCCGACCCUUCCUCCUCUGUCGAUCCACCCUCCGAGCCGUCCGCUGAUCGUAUUUGUUUGAUGUUUGCUGACGUGACUUCACUGAAAAGCUUUGACUCUCUUACAGGCUGCGGGGACAUUAUUGCGGACCACGAGGAGGAUGCGGGCGGGCGGAGUGGCGGCUGCGAGAAGAGCCUCCCCGCGGCCGGCAGGCUGGGGGCCGCCAAGAAGCGUCCCACCGUGGUGGCCUACCAGGGAGGAGGGGAGGAGAUGGCCAGCCCCGACCAGGUGGACGACACCUGCCUGCAGGAGUUCUGGGAGAUGCUGUCGCAGACCGAGGAGACCCAGGCGGAAGAAAAGAAGCCCGAGGGGUUGAAGGAGAACCGAGGAACCGAGGGGGCCCAGAACAAGGUGGCGGUGAAAAGUGGUGGACUCCACCAGAUCCCCAUCCACCUCAGCCACAAAGAGGAGCAGAAGGGCAGGGAGAAGGAGCAGCAGGAAGGCGUGCCGAACAGCGAUGAGGGCUAUUGGGAUUCCACCACUCCCGGUCCCGAGGAAGAUGGUUCCGCGAGCAUCCAGAAGGAGACCAUUCCCAGGGACAGCUAUAGUGGGGAUGCUCUCUAUGACCUCUACGCUGAACCAGAUGAGAACCCGCCAGGGGCACCAGUGGAGGAAGUGGUCACCUGCACACCACGCUCCAAGCCCGUGUCUCCAAUAACGACCACGUGCUCGCUGAAAACACCCUCGAGCACUGUGAAGGACUCCAAGAUACCCAUCAGCAUUAAACACCUUUCAUCGCAUCCUCCCAGCCAUGGUAUGGACACCAGUAACAGCCAUCAUGUCACACACCAUCACUUGGCCAAAAGCGAGAUGCACAGAACAAAAAUCCCUGUCUCUAAAGUGCUCGUACGCCGUGUCAGUAACAGGGGCUUAGCAGGGACAACAGUGAAAGCUGCUGCGUACCAGGACAGUGCCAAGAAGUAGUUGAAUAAGAUCAGGACGGACAGCAAGUUGAGGGUGUGAAAGUCUGCGUGUGAGACCACAGAUAAUGAAUUAGUUUUGCAUCACCUGAAGAAAGACACCUAACUGGCUUACUGCGAUAUAUUCCAUGGGUCUGCACUUCUGAACCCCUUCCUACUAGACUGUAUGGCUGAAUAUGAAAAGUCGACUUCUUUUCAAGCACUUUUUUUUACAUUUGUAUCUUUUUUCUGCAGCACUAAACACUGGGGACGUUCAUUUUUACAUGCCUUUUUGGAAGCAGGACUUGGAUUAUGAACCUAAAUGAGCAUCUUUCCUCACACAAAGCAGUGCCAUGAGUUCUUCAAGGGAACAGAGUUGUAUAAGGAGCGUCACAAGGUUCUCCAAUACAGUUGUCUUAGUGACACGAGGUUCUCCAAUACACUUAGCUGUUAGUCAUUUUGGGAGGGAGGAGCAGAGGAUGGGCACCUGGCUCCAAAAAUGGUGGUGGCUCAAACAAGAUGUUGGAAAAAGAGCCAAGCAAAAAACAACCAACCUAACAGAUAUUUUACCUUCUGUAGGAACAAGGGCGCUGCUCAGCAGCAGAUUUGAUUGACUUGUGUGCAGUAGCUCACUGAGGAGUUAGGUGGACUUGUCUAACAGGAAAACGUAUUUUUGUUCUUCUGUCUGUCUGGUUGGUUUUAAUCUGGUCUAAUGUAAAUGGAUAACAGAGGCACCUGAUGUAGGUUCAGAUGUUUACAUCAAUACUUGUCUGAUAAUGCGUACAAUGAGGUUCAGGGAAACAUUUUACUUAAUGCCAAUAUAUACACACUGUUCACAUUUAUACAAUAACUUGCUCGCCAUGUGUAAAUAUAUACAUAUUUUAGCAGAUUUACUCAAUGGUACAGAUUUUUUAUAAAAAGAAAAAAAAUCACUUGUCUGUAUUAUCUAGAGUUUAAGCAAGAUUUAGUUUUUAUAGGUAGAUAAUUUUACAGUUCUAAAAUGGUAGAACUUUGUGUAAGUACCUUAAAUUAGAACAAAACUGUUUUGUAUGGGCUCGUGCAUCUCUAGAUAAGUAAGUCUGAAGUGCUGAUUUUAUUUCAGUGGCACAUUCCACGUGUCAGAGCUGAGGUUCUGACAGCAUUGCCACUGCAAACCUCUAUUUUCAGGGGUUUAGACACAGUUGCUCUGGGCUUAAACCUUACGGAGAAGGAACCCAGGAAAGAAAUGGUUUUUAAUUAUUAUUUUUAAAAAUAUAUAAAAUUAGUUUUUGACUAUUUAAAGAAAGUUUGGGUUCCUGUUGCUUUUUAUUUUCAUUCUUAAUAAUGUCAGAAUAGUUUUACUUUAAGAGAGAGGAAAUAUGGUAAGCUAGUGGUACAUAAAAUGGUCUGAUGAGCUUAGAUCUUAUGAGAAAUGUAUUAAUGGCCAGGACUUUUUUGAGUAGUGGCUACUGCACAUGGGCAUAGACAACAUUUCAGAGGAAUUUAAUAGGGUUUUAAUGUGCCUGAGGACAUAUUUUUGUGAUACACUGAAAAAGCUCAAAAAAUCACUGAAGUCUAAAGGUAAAUGUUAUGUAUUUACAAAAUAUUUUGAUAUAAGUAUUUAAUCAUCAGACCACAGUUAGUAUAAAAUAUAUGCUCCAGUGUAUCUGAAAAAUAAUAUACAUUUAAAAAAUAUACACGUCUAUAUUAUGCAGAGAAUCCUAAAUUCACAUCAUUGAAGCUAAUGGGUCUGAGCUUACAUAGCAGUUGGUUUUAUUGUCUCUUAACCUGAAAGAAAAAAAGGAAAAUAAAUAUACAGACUAUACAUUUGAAGGAUAUUAAGGUUGUAGAUAAACCAUAAAAGCCAGGAAAUACCAUAAUAAGAAUUGUAUAUAUGUGUAUGUGUGGUUCGCUGGGGGAACGACCUUAUAGUCACAAAGGUAAAAUUGUCAUCUAGUUCUGAAAUUGCUGUGGAAUUUAAUACCAGACUGCAACGCCCCAGUGAAUAGGGAGAAAGCACUAGUUUUCCCCAUCAGUCCCUGUUGUCGUGGUUUGAGUAAGAACCUUAAUACACUUCAAAGAGAAUUAUUUUAUAUGUUUUCUUCCUAGUGUAUAUGUAUGUGGUUUUCUACAUGCCUGCUCACACAGAUGUGUUGUACAUAUGCAUGUGUAGUCAGGACGCUCCUCCUCCAAGGGUACGUGCACCAGGCUGAAGAUGCACACCCGUGCACGCUCGCACUCGUGUGAGCGCAGCCAUGCAUGCAUGCUCCCAUGCACAGGCUGAGGGGAUGUGUUACAGAUCUGUCUCAAAACAUGCUGGCGACGAUUUCCUUUGCCUGAGAAAGGGAUUUGCAUUUGGCCUGACCCUGCUUGUGCAUUUUAGAAAGCUGAAGCUGAAAUACCCUCAAAAGGAUGAAUGUACAGAACACGGAAUAUUAUCCCGGUCUUUGGCCCUAAACCUAACAUUCCUUUUUCUGUUAUUUUGGUUUUGUUUGACUGUAAGAGUCACAUCUUUCCUUGCAUGACAACUCUGCAGAAAAUUCAUAAUUCCUCAUUUUGUUUUAAAGACUAAUCGGGCAGAGAGAUUCUAUAGGGUACUGGAAGUUGAGAGGGAAGGAGGAUGUGGUGACCUUGGGGUAGUACGAUUAAAACUGGAAGCACUGAGUACAGAUAGUAGGAGUGGUGCAUCUUUAUAACCUCUAGAAGAUACCAGCUACCAUCUCUACAGGACUCGUAUGUGGCAAAUUAUUCAUCAUACGUGUUUUGUUUGCAUUGUGGCAUGUCUGUAUCAAGAAACCAAUAGAGUGACAGUAGACUAGCUCCCUCUCACGUAAUGACUAAUGCAAAUCAUCAUUAAAAUACCGUGGCUUCCCUUCCUUUUUCUCUCUCUCCUUUGUUUUCUGCCCCAUUUUUCCUCCAUCCUCUGCAUGCCGGUGGGGGCUUCCUCCUCAGUGCUAACCCCUGGUGUGGAGCAGGAAGCCCAGGGCUGGCAGCUGAGCCCGUGGGAGGGCGGCUGUGCUGCCUGCCAAGGCCAGGUGCUCCCCAGUCACUCUCUCCAGCUUUCUGUCGCAUACCCAGUGUUAAGUACAUUUUGCAAAUCUCUUGGUGGUUCCUUUGGCUCCUCACUAUGUACGUAUUUUAAGGACAAUCAUAUCCUUAAAAGGAAAAUGAAAAGUAGCUUGUAGUAGGGCGUCAGUGUUUUCAACUCACUUUUGUCUUUAAGCCAUCUAUGUUUUUUAUUUUGAAAGGUAAUAGACAAUAUUUACUAGGGCUUUCAAUUUUCAUAGAAAUAUAUUUGUAUAAAUCCCCACAAUGUCUAAAACAAUCAUUGGAAGGACCUUCAAAGGCUUUCUUUAGAUCUGUGUUUAAUUCCUGAAAGAUCCCUGUAAAAUACUGUGAGGUGCCUAGGAACGAGCAGUUAAUGCCUCGCUGUACUUAAAGGCUGAGACAUGAAGAGGUUAUAGUCCUGAGGCAUUCUGUGGUGGAUUGCAUUUUUAUUUAUGUUACCCUGUUUAAACAUAUAUUUUCCUUAGCUUUGGUAGGUGUCAAGGUAGUAACGGUGUUCUGAGUCCCGAAAUAACGUUCCCAAUGCUGUCAUCAUUUUGAUUUUUUUAAGUAUGUUGUUCUUUGUUUGUUUUGUUUGGUAUUUUGUGGUCUGAAUGAUGCUUUGUAAUUAUCAGUUAUUGUCAUUCAUAAAAGAUUUUAUAGAUCAGGACUUUGCAUUUAGUUAUACUUACCCUUUGCACUUACAGGUCACUGCUGGUAAAUUUUGUAUGUUCUUAGGGUGUUUCUAUGCAUUGUGUAGCAUUUUAUAGCUAUCUACAGUGAUUGAAGUGGUAUACAUUCCUGUCCUAUAUAUGAGCACAAAAGAUUUUCUUUCAGUAGCAUGAAAUGAUGUUUUUGUGGACUUAUUUUGUCAUGGUAGGAGUUAAGUUUCCUCUACUGUAUGUGUGGCCUGCAACAGACGUAAAGGUUCUUAUUUUCCCUGUAGUGCAUAUAGAUUUUGCUCUUGACAGUAACAGGACUCAAACACGUGAUAGAUUUCAGGAGAAAUUCCAUGAUUAGAAUAAGAAAAAUCUAUGUGCAGUUUUAUUCCAUCAAUCACCAGCAUUUUCUUCAUCCACUGUGAAUAUCCUCACCGCUGUUUCAGGGUAGUAGAGGAAUGAAUUUUAAAAAUUACAUGCAUAGAUGUACACUAUGAAAAUUAAUUCACUGAUUAUUUUUUAAUGAAUCUUACUAAAUUAUUUAUCUAAGCUAAGCGAAUAUUGCACCAAAGUCUUCAAAACCUCUGAUACAGAUGGUAUUUUCAAUAAGAUGCUGUAAGUGCAGAUGAGCCAAAUUAACAGGCUUUGCUUAGCAAAGCAAAACCUAGUUAUUUCUUAAAUUUGUAGUACUGACAGAGUUUGCAGAUCAGAGGGAGCCAUUGAUUCUACUACAUCUCUGUGCUUGGAGGGUUUUUUUCCCCUUCUCUAAUGGACUACUUUCAGGAAAGGCUUUUCAGUAACAUAAUGGUAUGAAAGAGACAGUUCACAGUAACAAUACCCACUUACAAGGCAGAUGGUUAUCUAACAGCCAUAAUGGGGGACUCGGAGCAAGACUGCCUGAAAAUGUAUUCUCACAGUUAUUGAUAUGAAAGGUUGAGGCUUCUGUCUUGGAAAAACAAAUUGACACUGACUCAAAGAUGCUGCAGGAAUGAAUCUUUGCAGCAUUUACAUGUGACAGCUUCUGCAGGUAUUUUUUUAUUUUAUUUUGCUUUUCCUUUGUUUUGUUGCUUUGGGGUUUUUUUUUGCUUUUGCUUUGUUUAUGUUUGCAUUACGAUGACAUAAUCCCACGUGUCUGAGCAUGAAUUGCACAACAACUGACUCUUCCAAGAUUCAGUGCUGAGAAUACACUGUCAGUUUUCUUCAGUGGCCUGGGACUGGUCCCCACUAAACAACCUUCCUCUUCCAUUGAAGGAUGGGAUGAUGGGAUUCCCUUGUCUGAGUCAAUGCGUUGUUUACUGUGAGCAUGAGGUAUCUGAAUCUGUCUUGCUGUUUGUGUUCAACAGACAGCUUAUUUUUAAGGGAAUUAAAAUUAAGGGAAUGUUUUAUCUCAUCAUUAGCUCACAUCUCUUCAUUGUGAACAUCUUGGCUAGGAAUGGUUGGGGCUGGUGCGGUGUUUGCUAGAUCCAUUUCAUGUGGAGAAAAAUUGAAGAAAUUGUCAUAUGCGAAGAAAUACGAGCUGUAAUCACUCAAGCCACAUCCUGUGGGCCUUUAUUCCUGCAAAAGCAGGUUGUUAAAGCUCUUCUUGCCUUAGAGGCCUUCUCCAUCCAAAACAGUGAGUACUAUUGCCUGGGGCUCCCUUUUAUUUUCCUCUCUAUGUCCCUCAUUCCCUCUCAGCCAUACUGCUGUUGCUUGGGAAACCAGGGUUUUUGAUCUAGCCUUCCAGCACUGGUAAAGACGAGCUGCUGCUAGUGUGUUCUUCUGGAGGCCUUUGCUCCUACUUCUUGGUCUUGAAAAAAAUAAUUUGCCUUCAGAACAAUUGGCAAAGAUAGGUAAAAUGGAGAUCUGUGCUGUGUAAUCUCAUACAUGUGGGUGAGUGAUAUUUUGCAUAGAGUAGAACGUAUCCCUCUACAUUCCUGUUGUGGACAAUUUAGCAAAUCUAUCAGGGAAGCAUGUCACUCUUGUAGGAAAACUUAGAAGCUGUUUGUUAUGGAAUCUGUGCCCAGAUUUUCUUUAUCUUUGGUAAAAACUGCUUUUCUUUUUCCUUCCCAUACGUAUUUAAAUAAAUAGAACCAAAGUUGUAGCGGAGAGUGGAAAAGGUUAUGUACGUCACUGGGCAAGGAGGCCGAAAGGCUUGUUGUAGCAAUGGCUGAAAGAAGAUUGCUUUGCCUAUGUUAACAUCACAUCCGAGCAGUGCUCUGCAAUAGCAGCUAAUCCAUGUAUGGCCUCAAUGUUAGAAAGCUGGCAUUUGCCAACCUGACAAUCCCACUCCAAGGUCCAGUUGUGCUGUGGCAAAGCCUCCACUGACUCCAGUAAGAACUGAUGAAGGUCCUUAAUCUCUAAUCUUAAAGAGAUAGUAAGUGUUUCUUAAAUAAGUCUUCCUUUUUUUUUAAAGAUGAACAUUAUUCAGGUGAUUGUGCAGUCUUUUAUAUUACUGUAGUAGUAUUUUCACUGAUCUGAAUGCAAAGCAUGUCUUCCUAUUGUUUUUCCUUCUUAACUAGCAGCCACUCCCUCACAUAACUCCAGUGCUCAGCGUGUUUAAAUUACAGCUAACACAAUCACUGCCUACCCUAAUUUAACUUGUGACAGCAAAAGCAGGACCAGAUCCUUUCCAGAGCACUAAACCCCCUGCUUAUUGUGUCUUGUUCAUGUUUUUUGAUACAGUAACUAAUGAUGCCUUUCUUCAAUUAUUACACAGCCACAUUUUAAGUGUGUGUUUAGGAAGAACAGUAUGUAGGGACAGAAUGGUAAGAUCUGUAACAGGUUUUUGUUAUUUUAGAUGAUGUUGCAUCAGAACAGUUGUUAUUUCAGUAUCAGGUUGUUUCCAUGGGUUUUUUAUGUAGAUGCAUUCGAUGCUUUGAACAUGAUGUGCUUGUAAAAGAAAAUUGGCUACAUCUGCUUUGAAUUAAGCCUGAGCUUAAAAUGUAAAAGCUACACAUCUUGUUUAGUGGCUGCAAAAGGGAAGGUCAGUCCCAACUCACCUGCAUCUCGAGGACUGGGGAGCAGGGCACUGUCACUGGGAUAAUUUGCAGUCUGACCGUGCCAUGUGGUCCCAGCAGAGGGGUGCGAGAGCUCUCCAUAUGGAGCUGUCUGUCAGACUGGACAGCAGCAGGAAAAGCCAAGGUGGUGGUGCUGUGCUGGAGUGGAUGGAUUGACAGGGUGGCUGGGAGGUGGAAUGAAAGCAAGGGCUGAACCUCUGGUCCUUGUCGAAAAAGAGGGUUAAACAUAUGCUUAUAAAAUCUGGCUCUUCUUUUCUUGCAUCGAUGCUCAGAUUGUUGUGUGACACUGAGUUGGGAGCCCAGUUGUGUGAGUCCAGAUGUGCUGAAGUCAGUGCUCCUGCUGGUUGAAUACAGUGUGACUGCUCUCAUCAACAGCUGAGCAGUGCCCAGUGCCUUCGUUUCUGAAGGCAGUUUUAGCACAAAGACUUCCACAAAUCCUUUGUAGCCCAGCAACGAACCAGUGGCAUCUCACUGCUCUUCCAUCCUCACCCAUGCCCCAUCCCUGGAGGUGUUCAAGGCCAGGUUGGAUGGAGCCUUGGGCAGCCUGGUCUAGUGGGAUGUCCGGGCCCAUGGCAGGGGAGUUGGAACUGGAUGAUCUUUAAGGUCUCUUCCAACCCAAACUAUUCUAUGAUUCUAUGAUUUUUCCAGGGGUAUGUGAAGACCCAAGCCCUUGGCAGGGUGAUGAGGGCUGGCUGCACCCUUGCAGCCCAAAGAGAAGUGGAGAGGGAGUGCAAGACGCACUGUGCAGCAGCACCACCAAGUCCUAGGUAGAGUGCAAUUAACUUUCUGCAGCAUGUGGCUUGAUAAAAGCAAUAUUAUCCUGCUUUUCAAGGGGGAGCAAGACUAAAGCUGUUGCCUUUGUGUAAAAUAGAAGUGAACCCUCUGUAAUGGGACAGAUUGGAACAGCUGGACAGUAUCUCAAUCCACCAGUAUUCCCUCUGAAAUCAGACGAUCUAUUAACAGUGCUGUUACUUUUAGCAGUGUUGUUGUUACUGAGUGGAGAUUCAAUAAUUUGGCCUCAUCUGAAUUUUCCUUCCUGUGGUUGUCAGCAGUCUGUCUUACAAAAGCUAUAGUGCUGAGGCUUCUGGCCCUGUUGAAAUGGGGGAUGAGGUAUGAAUGUGUUUGGUGGAAAAUACAGAUUCAAUAAGUCCAGAAAACACAGCAUGGCGUCAGUCUUUCAUCACAGCCCAACUCUGCUUAAAUAACAUGGUGUGCCUGAGGGAAACAGCAGGGACUGCUCUGCACUGCGUCUGACAAACUGAUGCUGCCAGGGUUUCCUAAGUGCAGAAAUGGACAGAUGUGUCCUGUUAGAAGUCACUUAACCUGUUUCUAUAAGACAUGUUAUAACUGACAGGUCACUGUUAAUUACAAUUUCCCAUCAUAUUUUUUAUAUCAGCCACCUCCAGUAAGGUAGCAUGUGAUCUAUUCAAGAUGACGAGCGAGCAAAGCCAGAACUCCCUGCUCUUCUUAUCUAAAUGAUUUGCUAAUAAUCUGGUGAGUUUGUGUGCACCAACUUUUUCUUAGUGAAAGCUCGCAACACUCCUGGGGGUGUUUUUAUAACAGACUGUUAGACACACUCUGCUCCUUUCCACCUCUACAAACUUCAGAGAGCAUGUGUCUCCUCAAAUCGCUGUAUUCUUAAAGUAUUCACAACCUAACUGAUAGCAAUAGAUGUCUUUCUUCCCUGGCAGUUCACAAGGAUAUACUAAUCAGUGUUUAUUAUAUUUUUAAUUCUGUAAAUAUUUAUUUUGGUACUCUGUGUAUUUAUUGGCACUGAUUCUGGUGUUUGCUUAUGUGUCAUUGUACAUGUUGAUGGUUUCAAUAGUCUUGCUUCUAAUGAAUGUAAGGAACUCAGACUAACUGCACUUUUCUUCCAUUCAAAAAUCUUACAGUAAAAAUAUUCCCACUGUCAUAUUAUGUGUUAUAAUGAAUACAGUUAAUAAAAAUCAGUUGUCACUUUUCAUGGAUGAACCUGAAGGUUACUUUUUGAUGUUUGAGCAAGAGAUAGAGCCAAUCUAUUCAGUGCACUGGAAAAUUCUAGGCUUUUCAAAAGAAGACAUUAGGGAAUUGUGUCCCCAAAAUAGCAUAAAAGAGAAUAUUUGGGCAUGUGUGCAUUUUCAUUUUUAUGUAAAAAUGCCUUUAGCAAUUUUACUAAUAACAUCAUGGAAUAACUAGACUAAAUUCAUUACUUAGGGGAGGGCUUUCAUAAAUGAGAGAGUUUUGUUCUUCUGGUCUUCUGUUUCAUCAGCAUGUUCU